AUGAAAGAAGUAGUUAUCCAAAGCUCUCUCGAUACAUUCGAGGUUAUCGAAUCUCCUAUUCCCACCCCAGGAGACAAACAUGUCGUCAUUAAAGUCAUUGUCUCCGGAUCGAACCCAAAGGACUGGAAAUAUCCUUACUGGAGCGGGAAACCCGUGAACAGCGGCGAUGACAUCGCCGGAAUCGUCCACUCCGUCGGCAAGGAUGUCUACGAGUUCAAGCCAGGCGACCGCGUGGCAGCGUACCACGAAGUCAUGACGCCAAACGGCAGCUUUGCAGAAUAUGCCGUAGCCCCGGAGUGGACAACUUUCCAUCUUCCGCACAAUGUGUCCUUCGAAGAAGCUGCAACUAUCCCUACUGCCGCUCACACUGCCAUGCUGGCUUUAUACGUCAACUUGAAACUUCCUUCUCCCCUUGACGAGAGGGGGUUUCCGGAAGGAAAGAAGGUGCCUUUCCUCAUAUACGGCAUCACGUCGGCCUGCGGGGCAUUCGCUGCCCAACUCGCCCGGCUCUCGGGUCUUGGUCCUAUCAUCGGAGUUGCUGGCCGCGCCGGCGACUUCGCCUCGACCCUGGCUGACCACGUCCUCGAUUACCGGAAGGGCGAGGACGCACUAGUCGCAGGUGUUGAAGAAAUCCUCGCCAAGGAAGGUCUGGGCAAUAAAGUCCCUUUUGUUUUCGACGCGAUCAGCGAGGGCGAGUCGUUCGAAGUCACUACUCGGGUUGUCGACCCUAACGGCGGCAGCAUCGCCACCGUACUACCUUUCCAGUAUUUCGCGAACGCUCGCGAAGAUUUCAAGUUCCCGGACGGCGUGAAUGUUUCCAACGCCGUUGCCCUUAAGGUCUUCUCCACGCAUAAGGAUCUCGGGUUUAUCUGGUCUAGGUAUUUCGGGCGUCUGUUGGAAGCUGGGAAGCUGAAGGGACACCCGUAUGAAGUUAUUCCGGGCGGGUUGAAUGGUGUUUUGCUAGGCCUGAAUAAGCUGAAGGAUGGGCAGGCUAGUGGAGUGAAAUAUGUCUAUAGGAUUGAGGAAUCUGGAGAUGUUACUACUGGGCUGCAUAAGCUGGAUCCGGCUCUGGUUUCCUACAAGAAUGGUCGGAAGGUUGAAGAGUUCUUCAAGUUUAAGCUUCCUUAUUAA